AGAACAACCAAGUCCGUCUAAAUUUGGAUUUUGGGACCUAGCUAAAAAAAAACGGGAUCGCGCGGCGCGAAGUCAGAUCUCCGUUUCGUCUGCUGUCACAUGGCUCACGCUUAAAAAUAGAGGUGGGUGUUUUACUAAAAUGAUGGCACAAAACUAGCGAAAUUGAAAUAAAAAGCGCGACUAAUCUCAUCGACCGCGCCCUCUCUUCGCAAGACAAAUCAUUGUACUUGCCUCUCCCCCCUCCCAUUUUCUUUAUUUCUUCGUGCAAUCUUCCACUUAUCGGAAGAAUAAUUUUUACUCGAUAUAGCUAGUGAAACUCAAAAAUAUUCUGCUAAUAAAUACAAAUAUCUGCCAAUGAUUUAAUGUACGCUUAAAAAUUUCUCGAGCGCCAGGGUUUGGACCACCCUGGGUUAUAUCAUAGCAGCGUUAGAGCACAACUUUCCUUGACACAAAUUAACCCUCAAUACUUCGCGCAAUAAUUUGGGGGUUGGAAAAGGAUUCCCGAAUUCUUCCGUAAUAUAUCUAGGCCGCAUACUAUGACCUCAAAAUAAACAAAUAUUCUUUGUGUGACGUCACAGUGCUAUUCGAUAAAAGUCAAAAUCCGAAAAUAUGCGAACAUUAUUUCGAACCUGCAAUUGCGUCUAAAGCAAGGUAACAUGGGUCGCAAAACUCGAGUUAAAGACUUUAUAUCGCAUAGAAAAGGAUGGAGAAUAACGAGGGAGGAAAGUUUUCUUGCAAAAACUAUUCUUAAAUUGAAAAAUCUUUGCCUGAAAAAGCAGAAAGAAGCUGAAAAAGAAAAACAACGAGCAUCAACAUCUUGGGCAGAUGAUGGAGCAACAUCAUGUUGUUCAUCUGCACCAAAACUUGGAAAAAUUAAAGGAAUUUAUCAUAACAUGGUUGAAUGCUGUUUUCCUCCCGGUGGACGAUCGUUCGGAAGAAAAACCUGGAAAACUCGUGUUGAAGUUGUGGAUAUCAGACCUGAAAAACAAUAUAGAACCGUAGGAACACAGUAUGAAAUUCAAUCUCAGCUGGUUGUUCCUGAUCCUUCAUCCAGGAAGAAUAAGAGCGUCAGAUUUUCGAAUGACCUCAGGACGAGAUAUUACAUUCCAUCUCCGCCCCCGCAUCGUUGUGAAAGUGAGGACAGCUUGGCAAAAUUCAUUGAUCCGGAAUAUCUGGAUGAUGAAUACGAUGAUUGGGGUGUACAAAAUGAGGCGAAUUGUCCAUGGCUUCGUAAGAUUAAGGCGUUCUGGGUACCGCUGGAUAUAGAAGAAGACACCAAUUACAUCUGUCAAGCCAUACCAGCACCUUUGAGGAUUUAUGCUGUAAGACGUCGUUAUCAGAUGCAGCAGAGGAAAAAAGCGCUGGAGGAAGAAAAGAAUAAGAAUAUCGUGAGAGAAUAUGAAUGCCAACUCUUGAUGAACAGAAUGAUUUAUCAACUUGAAAGUGAGGAAUACGGUUUCGGGGGAGUUCUCAGUCGGGAUAUUGUUCCAAAAAUUGAUGCGAAACGACGAGAGCUCAUGGCUCUCGCCACCGAACCGAACCCGGAGAAACCAAAAGACGACUAAGAGGGGUCGUCACCAGGGGGGUGGGGGGAAGCGCUGGGGGGCUAAAAGCGCAAAUUAUUUCAAUGGUGCACUGGACGAGACACUAUAUUUCUCGCAGUAUGAAAAAUGAGACUUGGGAAUAUCACAUAAAGCUCAAUUCAUCUGCUGCAGGAACUAAAAACUAGUGAUACCAGUCACCAUCACAAGCUCUGUAAAGGAGUUUCAGGCAUGCGAAACAAAGUAUAUGCAUUGUCAGAUACCGUGAUCGCACAGCCUUGAAACGGCCAGAGCUUAUGUCGCUCGUCACUGAACAUCCCUUGAAUAAAAAGCGACCAAGGGGGUCGUCAGCAGGGUGAUGUUUCAGAGCGAGGGUUCAAGUUCAUCGGAAUAGUGCUCCGUAGGUGUGAACAAUCAGAUUUGGGAUUGUGACAACACAUCUGAUGCAUUACAAAGCUCUGUAAGGGGGUUUCAGGCAUGCGAAACUCGAUGUGCAGUAACAUUGAGAGGCACCGUGUAGCACAGCCUUGAAACCCUCCGAGCACAUGUCACUCGUCACUGAACUUCGCUCGAAUCAACCAGAAGACGACUGAGGGGGUCGUCAUCAGGAGAGAGGGAGUUAGUGAGUGAUUCCGAGCAAGGGAUCAAAAUAUACUGGAUCGGUGCAUUAGAAGAUAUACAACAGAACAUUCAUCUAAUAAAGUCUCGGAGUACAAGUUCGGAUAUAUAAACAAUUUUCAAGCGUCGCAAAUGCUGCUUGAAUAUUAUCUAUUUUGGCUCUCACUACAGGGAAAACCACAAAAGGCCCAUUUUCAGCCAAUCAUUUGAAAUUGGAACGGAAUCGUCGGAGAUGUAAUAAAACAGGCGUUGCGCCAAAAUGAAUAUUGGGUAUGAACCAUUGAUGUCAGAGUCCUUGACUACGAAAAAUCUCGGCAGAGAUAGAUCAGAAGAUGUGUUUAAGCAUCCGAAUGCACACGACAGGACACAGAUUUGCAAUACUGGUGCCAGUGUCCGCGACUACAAUAAAUCUCAGCAGAGAUAGAUGAGAAGAUGCGUGCCAUCAUCCGAAUGCGCAUGGCAGGACACAGAUUCGCAAAACCGGUGCCAGAGUCCUCGACUACAAUAAAUCUCGGCAGAGAUAGAUGACAGGAUGUGUACAAGCAUAUGGAUGCACACAGCGGGACACAGGUUUGAUUUGCAAAGCUGGCCUCGACUACAAUGAAUCUCGGCAGAGAUAGAUCAGAACAUGCGUACCAUCAUCCGAAUGCACAUGGCAGGACAUAGAUUUGCAAAUCCGCCGCCAGAGUCCUGGACUACAAUAAAUCUCGGCAGAGAUAGAUGAGAAGAUGUGUGCAAGCAUCCAGCAGGACACAGUUUCGAUUCGCCAAACCGGCGCCAGAGUCCUCGGCUACAAUAAAUUUCGACAGAGAUAGAUCAGAAUAUGCAUGCAAGCAUUCUGUUGCAUACGGCGGGGCACCGGUUCGAUUUGCAAAACUGGUUCCAGAGUCCUCGACUACAAUAAAUUUCGACAGAGAUAGAUCAGAAGAUGCAUGCAAGCAUUCUGUUGCAUACGGCGCAACACCGGUUCGAUUUGCAAAACUGGCGCCAGAGUCAUCGACUACAAUAAAUCUCGGCAGAGAUAGAUCAGAAGAUGUGUGCAAGCAUCCGGCAGGACACAGACUUGCAAAACUGGCGCCAGAGUCCUCGACUACAAUAAAUCUCGGCAGAGAUAGAUCACUAUCAGAAGAUGCGCGCAAGCUACCGCCAGGACACAGUUUCGAUUUGCAAACUGGCGCCAGAGUCCUUGACUACAAUAAAUCUCGGCAGAGAUUGAUCAGAAGAUGCGCGCAAGCAUCCGGCAGGACACAGGUGCAGCGUUCAGAUAUACUGUUGUAUUUUCUCAGACAGUGAAGGAGACGACAAGAACUGGUUAUGGAUGAUUCGACCCUCAGCAAUUUGCUCAAAUUAAAAACAUUUAUCGUAUAGACUAUACUAUAGAGUUUAGUUCUGUACACUUUGUCAUCUUUUUAUAUGUUUUAUUUAACUGAUGUUAUUAGU